AUGGCAGUGAGCUCGAUCAAGAACUCGAUCGAGUCGAGUUUCGAACAAACGAACUCGAUCGAGCUGGGGCUGAAUGCAAGGAGCAAGCUCAAGGAGAUUGGUCUGAGCUCAAGGCGCCUAAAGUCGACCUCAAACCUUUGCCUGAGGGCCUCAGGAAAGUACAGAAAGGCAAUAGGUUACACUCUAGAUGAUAUCAAGGGGAUCUCCCCUGACCUAUGCAUCCAUAGGAUUCAUCUAGAGGAUGAAAGUAAGUCAAGCAUUGAACCUCAGAGAAGGUUGAACCCCAAUCUAAAGGAAGUAGUGAAGAAAGAGAUACUCAAGUUGCUUGAUGCUGGGAUAAUCUAUCCCAUCAGUGAUAGCACUUGGAUAUCUCCAGUUCAUUGCGUCCCAAAGAAAGGGGGGAUCACUGUCAUUAAAAACGACAAAGAGGAGCUGAUUCCCACUAGAACAAUAGUGGGGCAUCGCAUGUGUAUUGACUAUAGGAAGCUAAAUUCAGCAUCUAGAAAGGAUCAUUUCCCUCUCCCUUUCAUUGAUCAGAUGUUAGAAAGAUUGGCAAACCACCCUUUUUAUUGUUUUCUUGAUGGCUACAGUGGUUUCUUCCAAAUCCCGAUCCACCCUAAUGAUCAGGAGAAGACCACUUUCACAUGCCCUUAUGGCACCUUUGCUUAUCGAAGGAUGCCAUUUGGGCUGUGCAAUGCUCCAGCUACUUUCCAGAGGUGCAUGACCUCCAUUUUUUCAGAUCUGAUAGAGGAGAUGGUAGAAGUCUUCAUGGACGAUUUCUCAGUCUAUGGAGCAUCCUUCUCCUCAUGUUUGUCUAACUUGUGCAGGGUGUUGCAGAGGUGUGAGGAGACCAAUCUAGUACUCAACUGGGAGAAGUGCCACUUCAUGGUUCGAGAAGGGAUUGUGCUUGGACACAAGAUUUCCGAGAAAGGGAUCGAGCUCGAUCGAGCUAAGGUGGAUGUCAUGUUGCAGCUCCCUGUUCCCAAGACUGUGAAGGACAUAAGGAGUUUUCUGGGUCACGCAGGGUUCUACAGAAGAUUCAUCAAGGAUUUCUCAAAGAUAGCAAGACCCUUGACAAGGCUUCUAUGCAAGGAGACAGAUUUUGAGUUUGAUGAAGAAUGCCACAAGUCUUGGACCUUGCUGAAGGAUGCUCUGGUAUCUGCGCCAAUAGUACAAGCUCCAAACUGGGAUCACCCAUUUGAGAUUAUGUGUGAUGCAUCUGACUAUGCAGUAGGAGCAGUGCUUGGCCAAAAGAUAGACAAGAAACUCAAUGUCAUCUACUAUGCAAGCAAGACUAUGGAUGAUGCUCAGUGCAAGUAUGCAACCACAGAGAAGGAGCUCCUUGCCAUAGUCUUUGCCUUUGAGAAGUUUCGAAGCUAUAUAGUUGGAUCCAAGGUGAUUGUGCACACUGACCAUGCUGCCCUUAGACACAUCUUCGCUAAAAAGAUACAAAGCCAAGACUUCUCAGAUGGAUCCUUUUGCUUCAAGAGUUUGAUAUAG